UUGCUAUCUACGUGUUUUACGUUCGCCGCACCACCACCCCUUCUCCUUCCGUCCUUCGUUCCCUCGUCAGUCUCCUUUUGUUUUUUUUGCAUUAAAAGCUUUCCUCCUCGCAUCAUUCCUCCUCUUUCCUUCCUCCUUUCUCUGCUUCUUUCUUUUCGGUGAUAUAUUGUUGAGGGGGGGAGAGAGAAACCAUUCUGUCAUCAUGUGUGGGAUACUUGCAGUUCUGGGUUGCUCUGAUGAUUCCCAGGCGAAAAGGGUUCGAGUGCUCGAGCUCUCUCGCAGAUUGAAGCAUCGGGGGCCUGAUUGGAGUGGGCUGUACCAGCAUGGAGACUGCUUUUUGGCUCAUCAAAGGCUAGCUAUUAUUGAUCCUUCUUCAGGGGACCAGCCUCUCUUUAACGAAGACAAGAAGAUAGUUGUAACAGUAAAUGGAGAGAUCUACAACCAUGAACUUCUGAGGAAUCGGUUGCCUAAUCACAAGUUCCAAACGGGUAGCGAUUGUGAUGUUAUAGCUCAUCUGUAUGAAGAGUAUGGCGAGGAUUUCGUGGAGAUGUUGGAUGGAAUGUUCUCGUUGGUGUUAUUGGACACCCGAGACAACAGCUUCAUUGUCGCCAGAGAUGCGAUUGGGAUCACAUCCCUAUAUAUUGGAUGGGGACUUGAUGGCUCAACUUGGAUCUCCUCUGAGUUGAAAGGGCUUAAUGAUGAUUGUGAACAUUUUGAAGCCUUCCCUCCUGGUCAAUUGUACUCGAGCAAGGCAGGUGGGAUGCGCAGAUGGUACAACCCUCCUUGGUUCUCUGAGGCUAUCCCAUCGACUCCCUAUGAUCCAUUAGUCCUCAGACGUGCUUUUGAAAAUGCUGUAAUCAAGAGGCUGAUGACUGAUGUACCCUUUGGAGUUCUACUAUCAGGGGGUCUCGAUUCAUCAUUAGUUGCAUCGGUUACAUCUCGGUAUUUUGCAAGCACAAAAGCUGCCAAGCUAUGGGGAACACAGCUCCACUCAUUCUGUGUUGGACUGGAGGGCUCGCCUGAUUUGAAAGCUGCAAAAGAGGUUGCUGAUUAUUUGGGUACAAUUCAUCAUGAGUUUCACUUUACAGUUCAGGAUGGAAUUGAUGCCAUUGAAGAUGUUAUCUACCACAUUGAAACAUAUGAUGUGACCACAAUCAGGGCAAGCACCCCUAUGUUUCUUAUGUCCCGCAAGAUCAAAUCUCUGGGAGUGAAGAUGGUGAUCUCUGGUGAAGGCUCUGAUGAGAUAUUCGGUGGGUACCUGUAUUUUCACAAGGCUCCCAACAAGGAAGAGUUCCACCGAGAGACUUGUAGGAAGAUAAAGGCCCUUCACCAGUAUGAUUGCUUGAGAGCCAACAAAGCAACUUCUGCCUGGGGCUUGGAAGCUCGUGUCCCUUUCCUAGAUAAGGAAUUUAUCAAUGUUGCAAUGGAUAUUGAACCUGAGUGGAAGAUGAUAAAACCGGAUCAAGGACGAAUUGAGAAGUGGGUUCUCAGGAAGGCUUUUGAUGAUGAGGAGAAACCUUAUCUGCCAAAGCAUAUUCUUUAUAGGCAGAAAGAGCAAUUCAGUGAUGGUGUUGGAUACAGUUGGAUUGAUGGCCUCAAGGCACAUGCUGCAGAAAAUGUUACUGAUAAAAUGAUGCUUAAUGCGAGUCAUAUCUUCCCACACAAUACUCCUACCACUAAAGAAGCUUACUACUACAGGAUGAUCUUUGAAAGGUUCUUUCCACAGAAUUCAGCAAGAUUGACCGUCCCCGGAGGUGCAAGUGUAGCUUGCAGCACUGCCAAGGCUGUUGAGUGGGACUCAGCUUGGUCGAACAAUCUUGAUCCUUCUGGAAGGGCUGCUUUGGGAGUCCAUGUCCAAGCUUAUGAACCAGAGUUGCCCGCCGCAGCGGCCGGUAAGGUCCCAACUAAGAUCAUCAACAAGAUGCCAAGGAUGGUAGAAAUAAGUGCUGCAGAACUCACUAUCCGAAGCUAAUACCUACUUUGCUGGAGGAGCAUACUACAUAAGAAUUUAAGCAAAGGAGUAGUAGUAAGAGUUUCAGUAGUUACUGUUUGUAAGUUUCCAUGAACCAAGAGUUUGAUAUGUUUGGACGAAAAAAAUCAAUGUAUAAUUGAUAAUCAUAGUUGUUGAAAGUUGUAAUAGAAGUUACUUCUGUCUCCUUCUUAUGGGUUACAAGUAUGCGUAGAACAAUUGAUUCCAUGUAUCCGGCACUCCCGGCAAACACCAAUGUAUGCAGUCUGCAUAUUUCUUUGGAUCUGUUUUUUCCUCAUCUGUUAAAAGCUUUCCUUGGUAUUCA